AAAUGUGAAUGAGAAUGCAGUAGAAGAAGAUUAUGAUUUGAAAGAUCUUGACAGUGACGAUAGUUAUAAGAAAGAUGCAAUAGCUGAUUCAUUAAUGAGUAGUAAUCAAUUACUGAAUAUAAAUAGACAUUUUGCUCCUUAUUUUGAUAAU